CUGUGCUCACAGUCAAACUCGAUCGGCCGUCGCAGCAAGUUCGCGAGUUCGAGCAGCGGCGCACAGCGAUAAAAAAUAGCAGCAAGAAAAGUCGCUGACGCCGAGGGCGGCUCCUUUUUUGGCUUCGAGUACAAAAAAAAAAAGGGCGCGCGAGUGGAGUUUCGCGAUUAGCGGAUCUUGAUCCUAGACGAACUAGUUUUUAGAUUGCGCAAUUCCGCGUAAAUCGCGAAAAAGCAACUGUUUAAGUGCGCGUCGUCGAGUGAAAUUCGAUAGCAAAAGGCAAAACGACAAUCGGCGGCUCUGAAAAGCCGUUUUAAAAUACAAAAACAACAAAAAUAUAUAAGAAAACUGAAAAGCAACUAACAUGGCGACCGUCGCCUGCGUUCGCUGCGCCCAACAAAAACAAAAGCAACAACAACAGCAAAAUGGGGCGCAGGCGCAGCAGCAGCGACGCAACAGUCCGCGGAUUCUUCACAUUUACUGCGCGUGGGCGUUGAUCACUCUUUUGGCCGCCAGUGCCGCCGCCAUGGUCCAAAGUGCAGCGGUCUUUGGUGAUCUGCUGUCCCAUCCAACUUUCAAGCCACUUUGCAGUGCCCAGCACGAGCACUUCAUCGAGAGCGAAGGCAAAGAAUCUAGUCUCAUCAUCGAACUGAAGCCGGGCUCGUAUGGAGCGGAGUAUCCCUCCUGUUCCCGCAUCCUCAGUGCCCCGCCCAACUAUGGCUUCAUAGUGCGCCUCAUCCUGCCCAAAUUGCGGCACAGCCCGCCUCUGGAUGCGGCCACCACCAGGAGUCCGCCCACGAACAUCAUGGCCGCAGCGGCAGGGAGCAGCAACUCAUCCAAACUCCGGCGCACUGCCAAAUCCGGCGGAGUGAUGGAGUCCUCCAUCCCGCUAAACUCAACGAAGGGCAUCGUCUCAUCCACAAAUUCCCGGGUUGUGGGACGCACCUGCCCCCUGAACAUUUUCAGCUCGCUGGACCCGCACACGCCCCAGUGGCGAGUGGAUCCCUGCCAGCUGGAGGACACCGCCUCGGAGAUGGAGGACCCGGUGAGGCUCUUCCACGGUCGCGUCAAGAUCGUCUGGGAGCACGGCAAGCACUCGCUGCGCUCCAAGCUGAUGGUCACCGUUCUGGGCAAGGGCGAGCAGUGCAAGGAUGGCAGCAAGCACCAGUGCUUGAAGAUCGGCGAUGAGCCCAUUCUGUGCAUCUCCAAGGAGCUGGCCUGCGACGGGAUCCGGCAUUGUCCUUACAGCAACGAGUACGACAGCGAUGAGGACUACGAGCUGUGCUCGAAGCAGCGUCGCCCGGGAGCUGGCCACCUGCCCGCCGGCCUGGAGUCGGAUCUCUUCGAGCAGUUCGCCCUGGAAGUGUUCCGCAAUCUGUUUGCCAACGAUGCGCCCACGGCACCGGAGGAUUUGCCGCGCAACGGGAGCGAUGGAGGAGCCGGCGGCUUGGAUAACUCGACGGCCACGUCGACGACCACGUUGCGCAAAGUGCACACCAAAGACAUGAAGAAGCCGGGCGGCGAUGGGUCGCCCAACUCCAUUGGGCCCAGUUUGUCGACGGAGGGAGAGCUGCAGCGGCCGGAAAACGAUACGGCCGAGAUGGGAGCGGGCACGGGAGCGGGAAGCGGCUUCACCCGCCGCAACUCGACGCGAUCCGGCCUGCACUCGGACCUCUCGAAGUACGGGCCCUGGGGCUACCUGAUGCUCGGCAUGCUCCUGUGCGGCGGAGCCCUGCUCAUCUGCGGCCUCUGGGUUCUGUGUUGUCGCUUGAGCUCUCACAUUGAAUCCAUACGUUCUGUUGCAGCCUCCGCAUCGCAGCAUGCGGUCAACAAUGAGCGGGAGGCGGCGCUGGCCGCUGCCAAUGGAGGAGCAGGUGGUGGCCAGGACCACCUGGGCGCCACCUCGCCGCCGAAUUACGAGGAGCUGGAUCCACCGCCGGCCUACUCGGUGCUCUUUCCCAACCAAAAGGCAGCCAGCAGCACCACCCUGAAUCUGGAUGCAGCGGCAGCAAGUACAACAACUGCAGCAGCAGCAGCGGCAGCAGCAGCAGCGGCAGCAACAGCAGCAGCAACAGCUCUGGCAGGAGCAACACCCAGCGAUAUCCCGCAGCACCAACAGCAGCAACAGCAACAGCAACAGCAACAGGAACAGCCAACGAACUAGCUCGUAAGCCUGACAAGCAGGUGCAGCACCUGAAUAAAACUUAGUUCAUAAGAUACGCAACAUCACUCUGACUGACUCUGAUGCAAUUAGCUUAUAAAACCAAUUUAGUGAUAGCUUUAAGUGUGACUCUAUGUUAAAUGUUUGACUAUAUUAUGCUAACGAUUUACGAUUUACGAUUUACCAAUCCAGCCGUCCUGUCAACGCCGCUGUCGCCUUGGGCAGAUGGCAGACCCAAUUAGUAGCUUCCGAUAAUUGAAAAUGUAAUAAUAAUAAUGAUGAUUGUAAAAAAACAAAAACAAACACUGCAGCUGCAGCAGCAUUAACUGACGAAUCGACUAACUUUUGUAAUUCUGUUAAUUUAAAAUUUAAUGUGAUAUAAAUUUAAAACUGAAUAAAAAGCAAAGUGUUUAAGUA